AGCUGACGCGUACUUCCGCCUUGGUCGGUCCGGGUCGGUGUCGGAGCCCGUGAGAUGGUCGACCCUCCGCUCCACAAGCCCGCCGUGGAGAACUUCGCUGUCGCCGCAGUGUGGUCACUGUUUGCAGACUAUGGCUGGUUCAUCCUCAUCGGCCUUAUUGCUUUAUACGUGCUUGCACAAAAUCUCCCCAGAAAGAUCCGCGAAGUCCGCUCACCUCCACCUGCCUACGAUCCUGAUGCUGUCGCUAAACGAGAGGAAGCUAUGAUGGCAGCCCGCCGGAAGAUGCAGGAAGAAUUCAAUGCCCAAGCAGAAAUGUUCAGGGAAAAACAGAAAGAGCGUGAAGAGGAGAAGAGAAAGCAGAAAAUAGCCAAGUGGGAAAGCAUGAAACUGGGCCAAAGUUAUAAGCCGCCUCUAGGACAGAGCCCGGCGGAGGAACCUGACGCUGGGCCUUCAACGUCAGCUGCUGCCCCAAAACCGAAGUCUGAGAAAAAGCCUUUACGAAGUGGUGGUUUCAACCCCCUCUCUGGAGAAGGUGGUGGGUCUUGUACGUGGCGACCAGGACGCAGAGGCCCUUCGUCAGGCGGAUGACGCUAACUUGGCUGGUGUUUCCCAUUGACACUGAUUGGCAUUAACUAUGUAGCCCUUCAACUCUUGCUGUCGGCAGGUUGCUUGGCACAGGGACUCGGGGAGGAGGGUUGAUGGAGAACCAUAGUGGCCUCAGAUAUGUGUAAAACGGAAGAUUUUAAUGCCGUUGACCAUGACUCAAAGUGCACGAAGGACGUAAUGUUUGUUAACAGAAAGAAUGUCAGACGACCAUCAGUUCACUUUCUUUCUGUUGGCAAAGCGUGGGUACUUUAGUUGAGACAGCAGGCCUUUUUUUCUUUUUUGUUUUCUGCAAUUUAAGCCUUCCUGCAGAUUCCCCUUCUGCGCAGCAGGAUAUCGCCUUGCCAAAACGGCUUGAGGCCAGUCAUGUUGUUAAAGGGGGGAAAGUAUGGUAUUUUCCUUUUCCUUUUGUUUCUCCAGGCCAACUUCUGCUUUUGUGCAUUUCAGAUACCAAAGCUGAAGUAUGUGCUGCUUUUGGUGUGCUGGGAAAUAAUAGAACUCUGGGGAAAUGCUGUAGCUGCGCGUCAAGCUGACAGUGAAAUCCUAAGCAGAGAUACUCUGUAACUCUGCUUAGGAUUUCACUGAAAGUUAUCUUACAUGUGCAUAAAACGGUGCUUCUCACAUUACCUCUUGUCAAGCACUCCAAAGCCUUUUGGGUGUUACGCUGUUUCCUUAAAGUUCUCUUGCUGGUGCCACAACUAAACUUUUUUUACUUAUUUAUUAAACGAGUGCUUCUAAAUCUAGUUUCCAGGACUAGAUUUUCAGAUCCAUGAAGGUCUGAAAUUCUCAAAAGGCUACCUGUUGUUGCCGCCAGCAUAAGUGUGCACACAGCUUUGCCCAUACGCUCAUGCACUUUGAGAUUACAUUGCACGGUUCUUGGGUGCGGCCGUAAUGGGCGCGAGUGGAAUUCGUGGACUCCCUGUAGCAAGCAGCCUAGAAUGAUGUCGUCCUUACAAAUGGCAAACGUGCCACUGGGGACCACUGAAGCCAGUCAGCAAGAGGAGGGUGGUUUUUGCCACAUCACUUUUUAAAUUUUAUCUGCUUUGUAUUAAAAAAAAAUUACUAUAACAUUUGCAGUA